GCAACAAAGAAUCCUAUCAUAGAUGGCUCCAUGAAACCCAUAUAUAUUUUUGCAUCCUACAAAAUCUUAAGUUCCUCACAUAAAAGCCAAAUGGUGGUGUCAUACUAUUUUAUUGGUGCCAAUCUCCACUUCCUUAGUUCCUCAUAUUGGGGCCUACAACAUGGUGGUGACUCUCUUUGUUCAUGGGACAAUCUCUUCCCUCAAUCUACUUGCUUUCAACGGAUAUCAUCUCUCGAUCGAAAGCAUUACGAGACUCAACAUGGAUGCACAUGCCUUAC